CAUAUUUCAUUUAUACUUGCCUUGCACAGGGGAAUACGUGACGUACAGUCAAGCCAAUGGCAGCAGUUCUUCAAUAAUCAGUCGGAGGGAGACAGAAUGCACAGCAUCUGCCAGCGACAGCAGCAAGUGCAGUCGAACCGAGAGGACCUGUGCCGCCGAAGCGCUGAUAACAACUGCACGGAUGCCUGGUCUUGGACCAUAACGGAUAUCACACUGAAUUUCUUGUUUUAAUUUCAUAUUAUAGUUUAGCUGUAGGACGUUGAAUAACAACAGUUAUUUUUCUACGAAUCGCGCCAUCGCUGUUGGUCAUUCAUUCGGAGGGCUCGCCCUUUCUCCGGGAGUCUGAAUGGAAGCAGCACUGCCAGCAGCUGAGGGAGCGGUUGGGCUGUCAGAGGCCAGGGAAGCGAGUCCUUUUUCCGGGGCCACAGCAUCCGAGGAUGCGGACACUGUCAUUGGAGUUAGCUAUGGAAUGGAUAGCGACUUCGAUUUUUCUGCUAGAAAAGCACACAUCACAGAGCUGCCUGGUGUCUCAGGCCUACCAGGCCAGGUUAAGAGGAUGGGCCACAGGGGAGUGGAUGCGUCCGGAGAGACCACCUACAAGAAGACCACGUCCUCUGCCUUGAAAGGUGCCAUCCAGCUGGGCAUUGGCUACACGGUGGGCAACCUGAGCUCCAAGCCUGAGAGAGACGUUCUCAUGCAGGACUUCUAUGUGGUUGAGAGCAUCUUCUUUCCCAGUGAAGGCAGCAACCUGACUCCAGCCCACCACUUCCCAGACUUCCGCUUUAAGACGUACGCUCCUGUGGCCUUCCGCUACUUCAGGGAGCUCUUUGGGAUCAGGCCUGAUGACUACCUGUACUCCCUGUGUAACGAGCCCCUGAUCGAGCUGUCCAACCCCGGGGCCAGUGGCUCUGUGUUCUACCUGACCAAGGACGAUGAGUUCAUCAUCAAGACCGUCAUGCACAAGGAGGCCGAGUUUCUACAGAAGCUGCUGCCUGGCUACUACAUGAACCUCAACCAGAACCCUCGCACCCUGCUCCCCAAAUUUUUCGGCCUGUACUGCAUCCAGUCUGGCGGUAAGAACAUCCGCAUGGUGGUCAUGAACAACGUUCUACCGCGUGCCGUCCGCAUGCACCUCAAGUUCGACCUAAAGGGCUCCACAUACAAACGCUGUGCCUCCAAGAAGGAGAGACAGAAGGCCAAGCCCACCUUCAAAGACCUGGACUUCAUGCAGGAUCUGCAGGACGGCCUGAUGCUGGACCAGGAUAUGUACAGCGCUCUGGUCAAGACCCUGCAGAGAGACUGUCUGGUGCUGGAGAGCUUUAAGAUCAUGGACUACAGCUUGCUCCUGGGGGUACAUAACAUCGACCAGGCAGAGCGGGAGCAGCAGAUGGAGGGAGGAGAGAAGGAUGAGAAGAGGCCUGUGGCCCAGAAGGCCCUCUACUCCACCGCCAUGGAGUCCAUCCAGGGAGGGGCUGCCUGCGGAGAGUCUAUCGACACUGACGACACGAUGGGAGGCAUCCCAGCAGUCAACGGGAAAGGAGAGCGUCUACUCCUCUACAUCGGAAUCAUCGACAUCCUGCAAUCCUACAGGUUAAUAAAGAAACUGGAGCACACGUGGAAGGCUUUGGUUCACGAUGGGGACACUGUAUCAGUCCAUCGGCCGGGCUUCUAUGCAGACAGGUUCUUCAAAUUCAUGAGCAGCAAUGUGUUCAAGAAGAGCUCCUCCUUGAAGUCUUCUCCCAUUAAGAAGGGUCGUGUGGGCCUGACGGUGCCUAAGUACACUGGCCCCGGGGCCGCCUGGUCAGCCAGCCAGUUGCCCUCAGAGAGAGACGAUAACAUCUAUGACCUGAGAGGAGCACGCAGCUUCCCCACGCUGGAGGACGAGGGGCGACCAGACCUCCUCCCCUGCACCCCUCCGUCGUUUGAGGAUGCGACCACGGCCUCCAUCGCCACCACGCUCUCCUCCACCACCUCUCUGUCCAUCCCAGAGAGGUCUCCUUCAGACGCUGGAGCAGAGCACCCCCGCUACAGGUACCAGAACAACAGCUCUGAGAGAAGGAGGCACACCCAGUCUGUCAGCCAUGACGGGAGGACCCAGGAGGAGGUGCGUGUGCGUUUGGAGGAGCAGCAGACCAUCACGGUGGAGGUGGAGGUGAAGAGACAUGACAGCGAGCCCACCAUCACAGCCCCACAGCCCUCUCCAGAGACCAGUGAGGUACCAGAGGUAGCUUCUGCUGCUGUUGUUGCCCCACCCUCCACCUCUGCCCCGGCCCCUGAUACCCCUGGGGCCCCUGCUGAAGCCUCUGCAGCUGAGGCCUCUGGCCCGGAGACCCCUGCUUCGGCGCCGGAGGCACCUGCCAGUUCCAAGGUGGUGGUAGAGGCUGAGCGGGACCGCCGGGGCAGCAUGGUGUCAGGGUCCGGCUGCACCAGCCAAGCCUCCCAGGAUGACGAGGAUGACGUAACAAUUACAGACAUCUACUUUCUUGCAGACGGGAGAACCUGGGUGUUCUCUCCUGUCCCGUCGGAGGAGAAAGCUGCAGUCCCCCAGAGGACAGGACCUGGGUGUACUCCCCUCUGCACUAUGGCAGUGAGUCUAAUACCUUGCCGGAUGGGCAGGAGAGCGAGACAUAAACACUUCUCUGUAGAGCUGAGAGGAGAAUGAUUCCGUGGAGAGAGGAGCCAUCAGAUUGAUCCCCAGGCCUUUGAGUGGCAGGCAGCAAAAGGAUUCCAGUCCAGACCUGUAUUUUAAACCAUGGAUACAAAAACAGAACAGACUAAAUACUGGGAGGAAACCCCCCUCGACGUCCUGUGAUCAUUGUGUUGAUGAUAUGAUCCAUUCCUCUCCUUUCACCCCACCUCAACAAAAAAUGACCAUACCAGAAGAACAACUCAAAUGGCUAGGCUACGUCUAGCAUGCCCCAUAAGAACAGGGGCGUUGAGUCGUCUCUGCUACUCGCCACACAUUCCCAACGGUCGUUACAGUCAAAUGGUCAUAUGUAUUGAAUUGAUAUCAUGUUAAUUUAUAUUGUUUUCUUUUUCUUUGUUUUUAGUUUAGUUUUGUUUCUAUUUUUUUUUAUUUUUCUGGACUUUCUUCUGCCAUUUUUUUAUUUCCAUAAACAGAAUUUUUUUUGUUAGACUGUGUUUCACAAAAUAUGAUUUUGGGCAUUUUAUAAGCCUACUGUAUUGUUUUACAGGUUUGUUUUUUCGUUGUCAAGUAUUUAUUUUGACAUUUCUAUCACAGUAUUGCUACACUUCCCAUACACUCCUGCUGAAUGCACCUCUCAUGAGGCUCCAAGCCUCAAAACCAGAUCAUUGCAACACUAACUAAUGUUGAGACAUUGUCUAUCAUUUCAAAAUCCUACAUCAUUACAAUGUCUUCCAGGACCACCCAGCUUCUGGAUAAAUGUAAACAAAUCAUUUUCCAAGCAUAAUGAGUCAUUGAGUUCUCUUAAUAUGAAAUGAAAUACCAACAGUUCAGCAGUCAAACUUUGGCACUGAAUUUUAGCUCUGCUGGACAUAGCCUACUAGUCUGGCUAAUACCUAACUCAAAGUCAUCCUGACUUCAGAGUUUGGAAAGGCUAUUUUGUGCACGAUGCGUCGAUAAUGAAGGGGAUGUGCUUUUUUACUGAUUGGUUCUCUUCUGUGUUUUUCUCACUCCAACACCCACAUGGACAGCCAUACACAGCUCUCCAAUACAACUGUUGGAUUUUGAAAUCCAAACAAGGUGAGGUCUCAACUCCCCCCAGGAAAAAAGAGAACCAAUCAAAGCUCAGCACAUUAAGGAGCACAUUUCUGCACAAAUACUGCAUUUACAAUGGCCUCCUGUACAGACCAGUGUGUCACAGCUCUCCCUCACGAUGAGUUACUUGAGUUGGGUCAGCAAGGCUAGUGACCUUAGGCUAAUGGAUUGGAUUACUUAGGCCAAAUAACUCACAAUAUCAUAUCAUCGCCAGAAUGAAUUCAUACUUCUGUUAUUUAGUAAACGUUAAUCAGAAAGGGAAUUCAGGCUGCUUUGACAGCACUUUAUGUAUUAACAAUCAUUAAGACGUGAAAGUGACGUCUUCAUCACAAUCAUCUGGCAUAGGAUUAAUGUUUUUUUGUCUUUAUGUGGAUGACAUGUUUUAAGAUUUAAGUUACGUUUUCAACUGUUUUAUUGCUCUUUUUCUGUUUCACACUUGGCUGUUUUUAAGUUAAAGUUGGUGUGUUUGUAUGUCUGCGUGCGUGCGUGAGUGUCAGAACUUGUAAAAUACUGAUCAUUCUAUCAUGAUGUGCAUUGGCCAGUUGUAAUCAGUUGCUGUUGUUAAUGUCAUCAAGAGACCAUAGCAGCAAUAUUUUCUACAGUGCAGUAGUCUUAAAGUUACUUUUAAUUGCCUUAUAUAGAAAUUAAAACGUAUUAUUUUGAUUAGAUUUUUCAUUGUAGUGCUGUUGUAUUUAUUACUUUCAAGUCAUUUGUUCAAUACCGUAGUUGUGCUCCUGAGAAUGUGUAUAUAGAAUUAUAAAUACAAAUAUAAAAAUAUAUAAAUA